GCUCCUGUCCGUCGGUCUGUCUUAAACGCACAGUCGACCUCCACUGUUGCCUUCCGCUCGGCCGUUUGAAAUAAUCCCUACUAGCCUAGCUUGCAUCGACGAGACCUCGACCUAAUCCACCUCGUCUAUGGCCGUUAUCAUUUUCUCUUUUAGUAACCCCACCACUCUUUAAAAAUUCCGCCUAAAAAGAAAAAGCGUUCUGUCCCCUCUUUUGGGCUUUCAGCAGCCGUGUACAACAACUAUCCGGAGGAUCUAGGGGCAGCUCUAUACCGAGAGCAAUUUGACUUCAACGCCGAGCCACCUUGGGAUCCUAGCUGAUAGUGGACGAGUUCAUCUCAGGACUCAUCCAUUUUGUUGCACAAGUCUAGGACCCCAGGGGCUCAAGAGGGUGCGAGCAAGACCACUUCGGACUAGCCACGUUCUUUAUGCCUGUUGGAUUAGAAGAAAACGGUUGAGAGGAUGAAAGGAAUCACUGAUGAACCACAGUACUCUGUCUGUCUGCUGGAGGGAGGAACAGCCCUCUAUGACGUGAUUGACAAUCACAUUUAUGAACAAACUCUGUCUGAGAAGAAUGCAUUCUUUGUAGCAGACCUGGGAGUUAUAAUGAGGCAGCAUGUUCGCUGGCGAACCCACAUGGCCCAAAUUCGACCCUACUACGCUGUCAGAUGCAACAGCAGUCCAGCUGUUAUUGAAGUUCUUGCUGCCCUUGGCACUGGAUUCAUUUGUACCAACAAGUCUGAGCUUGAGCUGGUCCAGAACCAUGGCAUUCCCUCUGAAGAUAUCAUCUACAGCGGCAUUUGCAAACAGGUCUCCCAGAUUAAAUACGCUGCUAAGAACAGCAUUGACCUGCUGGUGUGUGAUAAUGAAGCUGAGCUUCGCAAGAUUUCUCGCUGCCACCCCAAUGCCAAGCUGCUGCUACAGGUCUCAACAGAAGCAUCCAGCCAGGACGAUGAGAUGAGCAUGACAUUUGGCUGUUCGCUCAAGGACUGCAGGCAUCUGCUGGAGAGAGCGAAGGAGUUGGGUGUGCAGGUGGUCGGGGUCAGGUCGAACAUUUCCAGCUCCUGUGAGGACGACCAGGUGUACGUUCAUGCCAUAUCUGAUGCCCGUUGUGUCUUUGAUAUGGGAGAGGAAAUUGGCUUCAACAUGAAAAUCCUGGACAUUGGCGGUGGUUUCAGUGGCUCUGAGACCCAGCUGGAACUGAUCAACAGUGCUGUCAUGUCUAUGGUGGACCUUUACUUCCCUCCUUCCACUGGAGUCUCCAUCAUCGCUGAGCCCGGCAGCUUUUUUGUGUCCUCUGCUUUCACUCUGGCUGUGAACAUCAUCUCCAAGGAGGUGGUGGCACGUGAUCGCCAGGACCAGGGACAUGAUGAUCCAUCUCCAAACGAUGAGCCGGAGUUCCAGUACUACAUGAAUGAGGGAGUGUACGGAUCAUUUGCCAGCAAACUGUCUGAAACGCUGAUUCCUGCUCCAUCCGUUCACAAGCAGAACACGUCCCUGGAUGCUCCGGUGUUCAGCAGCAGCCUGUGGGGUCCCUCUGGGGAUGACCUGGACCAGGUAGUGGAGCACUGUCUAUUGCCUGAGCUCAACAUCGGAGACUGGCUCACCUUCACCCAAGCAGGAGCCUACAGUAUGGGCCAGCCACUCUGCACCGCCACUGACUCACCACCACCCCCUGUAUACUACGUUAUCUCCUCCAGAGACUGGUUUGAGAUGCAGGACACUGGUGUCACCCAUGAGGCUACGCUGAAGAACUUCUCUUUGGUCCCUUAUUUUCUAAAUUCCUGCCAAACAGAGGCUGCUCUGUCUGUCCCAGCUUAGCACUCAUCUGACUAGGGAGACUUUUAACUUGACUGGUUUCUGCUGCUAGCUUCCUCUGGUCUACAUUCCACUGGGAUGGACUAAAACGACUGCAGAUAUAGCUGGGACCAGGCUGAACUCAUGUUACAAACCCCAGUAUUCUGUAUAGCAAGUCAUUAGACCUGGAAAACCCAAAUUGAUGUUAAUUAGUGUGCAACAAAAUGGAUGAGUCCUCCAAGACAGAUGCAUUCUUCCCUUUGCUUCAGGCAUCCCAUGGCUCUACAGUUUACACCCAUACAGUUGACAUGUAAUGAUAAUUAAUUAUUAUAUCUGACAGAUGUAUUAUCUAUGUCUUCAUCGCUGUUGCCAGUAAAGUAAAAUGUUUAUCCCUGAGUGAAAGUGCAUUCAAACGGAAACACAAUUCUGAGAUCUUGUGAGAUUAUUUGCUACAAGAUGCAUAUUUAUGAUUUUAACUGGUUGUAUAGUUUAUUGUGUUACAAGAGCCUGAUUUCAUUAUUCCAUUUUAUGACAUGUUGUCCUCAGUGUUUGGAAAUGAACGUGUGCAUACGAAGGUGUAUUUACUCGUAUUUGUUCAAGUAAAUGAAGCCAGUGUGAUCUAUGUUUGGUAUCACCAGGAAAUCCACGUGUAGGAAAAUUCUUUGCGGGCUGCUCUGGUGUGAUUGAGAAGUUAGUGGCUCAGUGUUUAACAAUUAACUGGUGUUUUAGAGUUUUUUCUUAAUGAGUCACUUGGUCCCAGACUAGAGAAGCAACAGCAGGUAACUGCUAUGUCAGGACAUAGCGCAGCAGGUUCAUUAGACAGCAUGUGCUGCAGACAGAACAAGGGAUGUGUUGAUGGAAAACGAAUCAGCUGACAUGAAUCUGAGUCUUUCAAAAAAGUAUUUAUAAUGCUAGAACCUGUUUUGCUAUUUGAAUUGAAUUUGAUUUCUUUUUUCUUUUUCAAAAAUUAGAGGAUUGUGUUGAAAGAAUAUUAUUUUCCGACUCUGCAAGUAUUCUUGCAAAGUGUGUACUAUAUCUGUGAAGUUGUGUCCCAAUCUGUGUUUAAGGCAUGAUGAAUUAUCAGGCAUUUGCCUGUCAGUAACUUAUGUAUCUGUGCUUGUCAACAUGAGCAGUAAUAAACAUCUCAUUGACUGGACUGUGAA